AAUGUCGAAUUGACAGAAGGUGUACCAGUGUUACGAUAAAAUGAUAACUUUUCAUUUCAGACCACCAUGUCUGAAGGAAGAGCUGCUUUGCAAGUUUGCGGAACCAGUACGAGAUUGCUGUCACAAGGUGACGAUCGUAGGUUCGGGAAUGGUCGGCGUGGCCUGCGCGAACUCGCUUCUCUUCCAGAACAUCACCCCGCACAUUGCGAUAGUCGAUGCAUUCCCGAAGAAGCUGGAGGGGGAAGGAAUGGAUUUUAAUCACGGCGCGGUAUUUUUAGGAGAUCCACGCAUAGAUUUCGACACAGACUUUUGUAUUACAAGCAACUCGAAGGUGAUCGUUAUAACUGCGGGCGCGAGACAAAAGAAAGGUGAAUCGCGGUUAGAUUUGGUACAACGCAAUUCGGAGAUUAUGAAGAACAUUAUACCUACUUUGGUUAGUUAUAGUCCGAAUGCUGUGUUCGUGAUCGUCAGUAACCCAGUUGACAUUUUAUCGUGGAUAACGUGGAAAGUGAGCGGACUACCGGCCGGCCGAAUAAUCGGAAGUGGGACUAGUCUCGAUUCAGCAAGGUUUCGUUACUUAAUCGCUGAUCGUAUAGGGAUAGCACCGAGCUCGGUUCACGCGUACAUCAUCGGCGAGCACGGGGACAGUCAGGUUCCACUCUGGUCUGGAAUAAAUGUCGCUGGUGUGCAAUUUCGCGACAUUCUGCCGAAUAUCGGCCUCGAAACCGACGAAGAAAGAUGGUUCGAAAUUUCCAAGGAAGUCGUCAGACUUGGCGCCACGGUUAGGUGUUUGAAGGGAUAUUCCAACACAGCAAUUGGCCUUUCGGUUGCUCACAUCGUAACGGCUAUUCUGUCCAACUCGCAGACGGUUAUACCGGUUUCAACUUUAGUUCAAGGUCAUCACGAAGUUUGUCAAGAGAUUUUCUUGUCGCUGCCCUGUUCCAUAGGUGAGAAUGGCGUCACGAAUAUCGUGCGAAUGCGAAUUACAGAAUUCGAGAAGAAAUUGUUUCAAACAUCAGCGAACGUUGUAUACAACGUGCAAAAGGAUAUCAAAACGUGAUCGUUCGAAUCGUCUUUCUAAAUAAUAUCGUAUUGUUUAAUUGUGAUGAUUAACUUUUUUGUAAAAAGUGUAUUUAAAUAUAU